CGCUGUUCCAGUGUUAUCCGUCCCCCCACCGUGUUCUGUUUCCGUUGUGACGAAUUCCCUCCCGCGUUUCGCCACAUCUCAGAUCAACGAGGAAGGCGACCAAGAUGGAUAUUGUGAAUCAGUUGGUCGCGGGAGGACAGUUCAGAGUUCUAAAGGUUCCGCUGGGCUUCAUCAAAGCUCUGGAAUGGAUCUUUGCCAUCUUUGCGUUCUCAACAUGUGGGAGUUACUCUGGGAUGUUUAAGAUGAGUGUGGAGUGUAAAAACAGGACAGAGAGUGAUCUCAGCAUAGAAGUGGAGUUUGAAUACCCCUUCAGGCUUCACCAAGUAUACUUCGAUGCUCCGACUUGUAAAGGAGGACCCCCCGAGCGUCUCUUCCUGGUUGGCGACUACUCUUCCUCUGCAGAGUUCUUCGUGACCAUUGGGGUGUUUGCCUUCCUGUACUCCAUGGCUGCACUCAGCGUCUACAUCUUCGCCUUGGAGAAAUACCGCGAAAACAACAAGGGGCCUCUCAUUGACUUUGGCGUUACGUGCGUGUUCACCUUCAUGUGGCUGGUGAGCUCAGCAGCGUGGGCCAAGGGCCUCUCGGAUGUCAAAGCGUCCACGGACCCAGAGAAGGUGGUGGACCUGAUCUCAGCCUGCGACGAGGAGGGGAACCACUGCCGCGAGGUCCAUGACCCCGUUAUGUCUGGACUGAACACCUCUGUUUGUUUUGGCUUCAUGAACCUGGUGCUGUGGGGAGGGAAUCUGUGGUUUGUCUUCAAGGAGACCGGCAUCAUCGCCCCCUUCAUGCGCGCCCCCCCUCCCCAAGAGAAGCAGCCCGCCCCAGACUCCUAUGGCCAGCAGGGGGGGUACGAGCAGGACCCGUAUGCCGGCUCCCAGGGAGGCUACCAGCCAGAAUACACCCAACAACAGGGUUACAACCAGGAGGGCGGAGACUACGGACAGGCCCCCACCUCCUUCGCCAAUCAGAUGUGAGGUGGGAGGAACCAGGAAGGAGGGGGGGGGGUCAGCUGAGGCAGCGGUGUGGGUGGCAGGUGGGGGGGGGGGUGCUCCAGUACCCACAAUGCCACACCUUUUCCUGUGUGUCUGUUUGUGCAUCUGUCUGUGUGCUGACUAAACAGGGGUGGGUGGGGGAAACAGGAAGGGGAGGGGUCUAGAUGUUAGGAAAUAUAGAGUAAUGUGAAGAACUUGAACACAAUACAAAACUAUGGAACAUAUUAUAUUUAAAAAAAUUAUUAUUAUAAAAAACAAAAUAAUGCUAGCAACAAUGAAAAAAUUUAUUACAAUGUUCAUAAUAGUCAUAUAAAAAUAUUUGAGAGAAUGUAUUUGUCUGUGUUGUAUAGAUAAUCACUAUGAACAAAUAUAUAGACGAAUUUCGUAAUGUUAUGUAUGGCAAUAUUCUAAUGUUUGUUUUUUUCAGUUUAGUAAAUAAAUUAUCGUAUCAAUAAUUCUGCCAAACACCAAUUGCUCCUCUGUGCGACAAUUUGCACUUAAUUUUGGUACCAAAUUCUUUGUAAUUGUAUAAUUGAUUUUGUUUCAUUAAUCUGCCUGUUUGUUCGCUUCAGUUCCUCUUUUCAUUUCUACACCACUAAUCUGAUGUGGCAGGCACCGCAGCAGGGCUCAUAGGGACUGGAAGAUGUGGUUUUCAGGCUUCAGUUCAGUUUUCUGAAAACCACUUCCAGUGUUCGAGUCAUGCAGAGGCCAAUAUAUCAGUGACAUCACAGAGCUUUAGAGAAGAAAGAGGAGGUUGAAGAGAUGGACUCAACAAACGUCCAACUAUACAGUUUAUUCUAGCCUGAGUGUCAGUCUGUUUAUGCCAUCAUACCACUCCCUGCCUGUUCCUUUAACAUGACAGCACAAACUAUUCUAGGACCAGGCUACAGCUCACGGUGUGUGUGAGAGAAAUCAAAGAGUCUACAGAGGAAUUCACUGAAUGAUUGGCCUUUUUCAUUCCUCUGUCAAAUGUAUAGAACAUUGAGCUGAACGUGUAAAGUGCAGUACAGGCCUCGCAGGAGAACCUCAGUGACAGAAGAGCACGGUAAUGUUGAAUACUUCCUGUAGUGCUGUUCAAGGCCCAUCACACUCCUUACUGUUGGUACUGUCAGUGUUUUAUGCAAACUGGUGGCCAUGAUUGUCCUCGUUUGGUGUUUUUGUAACAGUGGGACCCAGAGGUGAUCCGAGUGUGCUGAGAUGGUGUGUGUGUGUGUGUUUACCGCUGUGGUCUUCUCCAUUUCCUGGUGAUACAGUGUUCCAAACUCCCUCUCUCUCUCUAACUCCCAUUCUUAGUCUAUUACUUACUAUCUGUCCUGUAAAAUAUGUGUCUGACACAUAGUUAGGACAGAAAAUGAAAGAUUCCCGAGCCAGGGAACCAUUCAACCUCAUCCUAUUACAGUGCAAUAUUUUAAAUUUUGCAGUUAAAGCUCUCGUAAACAUGCAGUACCAGUCAGAGGUUUGGACACACCAAAUCCUUCAAGAGUGUUUUGAGAGUGCCAGGUGUGUGUUAGGUUGUCAUUAAAUCAAUGGUUGUGGAAGAAUCUACAAUAUGAAAUAUAGUUUUGAUCUGUGGAUCACUUUUUUGGUUGGUACAUGAUUCCCGUAUGUGUUAUUUAAUAGUUCUGAUUCUACUUUGUGGUGAAUAGUGAAACUAAAGGAAACCCUUGAAUGAGUAGGCGUGUCCAAACCUUUGACCGGUAUGAUAUGUAUAUGUCUCUUUUUUUCUCACUUCUGGUCUGUGUCCAGUCCUUGAAAACACAUUUUGGUUGGUUUACAGCAUCCCAAGAUGCAGGGUCAGGAGUCAACUCAUUUAUCAAUUCAAGAAAAUAUAAAAAAUGUAUUUCAAGACUUGGAAUGGAUUUUCAACUUCCUUCCUGAAUUGACAAAAUGUAACAACUGAAUGUCCUACCCUGCUCUGGGACUCUGGGUUGAUUCUCAGUAAUGAUGAACUGAUAAACUUUUAGGGAGAGGAAGUUGACGGGCCACCACACAGCAGGCUGCAUGUUUCGAUGUUCUUAAGCCUCCAGCAUGCCCCGACGGGAACGUGACGCAAUGCCAGAAACAUUAGUAACUAAGAAAUUUAGUUUUUGUCUGAAAAGCUUUUCUAUGAUGUAGAAACUGAAUAUUGCGAAGCACACCUUUCUUCCUUUGCUCUCUCUCUUCCUCUCUGUCUUUCCCUGUCUCUCUCUGCUCAGCCCAAUGUCUUUUGCGUUUCUCUUUUAUAAAUAUGCUCUUCAGAUACUCUGUUGUUGAUGGUGUUUGAUAUGUCUUGUGGUACUCUUAUUGCCUUGGGGUUGUGGUGUAAUUCUUGUAUAUGAUAUAUAUUUAGCAUUGAUGAUGAUGAUGAUGAUGUUGUUGUGGAAGACACUAGUUACAUAAAGGCUAUGGAGAAAACAGGUUGACCAAAAUUAUCAUGUGACCUGUCUUUCUCCUAUCGGAUCCAUGUGGGGAAAUUUCAAUAAAGAUGACAACAUCAUGGGCAA